GAGACUCGCCAUAUUGCAAGUGGCUUGGUGCUUCGGGGCUGUUUACAUCGCGGGAGGGAGGGAGGGAGGGGGAAAGUGCGGGCAGAUCGAGCGGUGCCGGUCCCCUGUGUCUAAGGACGACUGCAUCAAUGUAAUCAGUAAUGGACAGAAGAAUAAAACAACUUUCCUGAAGGAACGUGAUGACUGCAAAUAAAUAAAACAACAAUGGCACAAAUCGUGCAGACCAAUGGCACCCAGCCACUCAGCAAAACGUGGGAGCUCAGCUUGUAUGAAUUGCAGAGAACACCACAGGAGGCAAUCACAGAUGGCAUGGAGAUUGCCGUGUCACCCAGAAGUCUCCACAGUGAGCUGAUGUGUCCUAUCUGCCUGGACAUGCUGAAGAACACCAUGACAACCAAAGAAUGCCUUCAUCGUUUCUGUGCUGAUUGCAUAGUUACUGCCCUCAGGAGUGGAAACAAAGAGUGUCCCACCUGCAGGAAAAAGCUGGUCUCAAAGCGGUCACUACGACCAGAUCCAAACUUUGAUGCGCUAAUCAGCAAAAUAUAUCCCAGUCGAGACGAGUAUGAGGCCCAUCAGGAGCGGGUGCUAGCCCGGAUCAGUAAACACCACAACCAACAGGCUCUGAGCCACAGCAUUGAAGAAGGGCUCAAAAUGCAGGCACUUAAUAGAGCACAGAGGGUAAGAAAGCACCAGGCUGAGAAUGGCAGUGGGGCAGAAGAUAAUGGUGACAGCUCACACUGCAGCAAUGCCUCCACCCACAGUAACCAGGAGGCUGGACCCAGUCAGAAACGUGCAAAAACUUCCGAUGAUUCGGGUCCUGAUCUUGACACUACAAAUGAGAAUGGAACAGGAGACCCUGAUCCAGUGACUGAUGGAACCAAUGAAAUUGAGCUGGUUUUCAGACCGCAUCCUACGCUUAUGGAGAAGGAUGAAGUGGCACAGACCAGGCAGGUCACAGUUGGUGUUCAGAGGAUUGUGGGCCGCACACCGGUGUCAAGAAAGCGGUAUAUUAAAACAACAGGAAAUGCCACUGUUGACCACUUGUCCAAGUAUCUGGCGAUGAGACUAGCCUUGGAAGAGCUCAGGAAAAAUGAAGAAGCAAAUCCAAUGAAUGUGGAGACGGUCAGUGAGAAGCAAUACACCAUUUACAUUGCAACGGUGAAUGGCCAGUUCACUCUCCUGAAUGGUUCUUUCUCACUCGAACUUGUUAGUGAGAAGUACUGGAAGGUCAACAAGCCAAUGGAACUGUAUUAUGCACCAACCAAGGAACACAAGUAGACAAUGGCAUGAGAUCCGUAUCAAAUAAAUGGAGAUGGUGCUUUUGAUGGUAGUGAUGUGUUUGUCUUCCAUGCAACAGCAACCACUAUCAAGAGAUGUUCUGUUGAAUAAAAACUUGCCACAUGUUCAGAUUUACAGAUCUGUGACAUGCAAAUUCACAACUGAAACAUCGCAGGCAAAAGGACAGUGUCCCAAAGGGUUCCUUUAUCCUGUCAUAAUACUGUGGACAGCAACUCAAAUCCAGGAAGUAGAAGUUUGUAGCGUGCUGCGUCUCAGUUUCUUGGUUUAUGGAAUACAUAAUAGGGCAAUAGAUCAAUUUUCUUUUGUCGCUAUCAAAUUUGCAAAUUUAUUGUGAAAUUCUCAAUUUUGCAAUAUGGUUUUGUUCUUAAAUUAUUUUCUUCUGGUCAUGCACCUCCCAGUUGUCACUGCAUGCUGAGGUAUGAUACCACAGCACCAUUGUAUUCCUUCAAUGAAGUGACCAUUUUUCACAUACAAAUUGAGUCACUUUUGACGAUGGAGGUUGGAGAGACUAUAUCACAGCCACGUCAAGUCCUUUUGCUUCGACCACUUCCAGUAGAAGCCCCUGCAGAGCAUUGAAAGGUGUCGACCCCUGUUAUUUCCUCUCUAACUGAAGGGUGCAGAGGCUAAUUGUUGUGGCUCAAGCUGUGUCCUGGCUGGAUGCAGGGCAUGGCUGGGCAUUGAAUCCGGGCCGCUCUAUGCAGUGUAAUUACCUACGAAGUUAGUGGGAGGAAAACUAAAUUAUUUACUUUGAAGGCAAGUGUCCUUUUAAUAUUGGAAAGCUAUGUUUUCAAACAAACUUCUACUAUUCCAAAAUGGAGUACUACAGGACACCAAUGCAUUGCAAACACAGAUAAAUAUAUUUUCAGUGUCUUUCUGAUUUAAAAAAAAGUCAUUUUUUCAUGUGAAAUGUAAAAUGAGUAUUUAUGUUGUCAAUCAAGUACUGGUAGUUAUACCGUGAAAUUAUGCUGUAUCUGGGCAUCUACUACUUAUUUGUACACUUAUCAAAUUGAAAUUAAAUAAUUGUUUCUUUACUUGAA